AUGGACAACGACAAGCACCCGUUCAUGACCAACUUGGCGGUCACCUGGGGUCUCUGUGCUGCUGGAUUGAUCUUUGUAAUUCCUGUGAUUGCUCUGCGUGUCAAGGAGCACACCGACGCGCUCCAGGAGGUCACUGUGCCUGGUCGAGCCGAAGAGAUCGCUGCUGUAGAGCAAGAAGUCGCCAACGCCAGCGUCAGCGAGAAGCACACCUGA